AUGAACCUUCACGAUGACUUUCUGGUCCCCAGGACAGUAUUGCCAAGAGGGCCGGCCGUGAGAGAAGCCAGCCGGACGCCGCGGCAGCGGAGCCGGGCGGUCCGAGCGGAGAAGGAGACGGACAAAGCCGAGGGGCCGCUGCCUGCAAGCGGCCGUGGGGACGGUGCGCCUGACGCCCUGUCGCCGCAGUGCCCAUGCUGUGUUUCGCCUUUUCUAAUGGCUGACGGGAGAGUUCCUCACUUUUUCCGCCUCAGAGGCGAAUGCUAUGGCUUUGGGGCCGAGUUGUAUGGGGUGAAGCAGGAAGGGGUGGCUGCAGUUCAGUCCCCAGCGGGUGGCACGUGUCUGAGAGUGUGUUCCCCUUCUGUGCAGGUUAUCCAAGCUGUCUUCUUCGGGAUCUGUGUCUUGACCGACCUGUCCAGUCUUCUCACUAAAGGAAAUGACAGUCAAGAGCAAGAGAGGCAGCUGAAAAAACUCAUUUCCCUCCGUGACUGGGUGAUGGCUGUUCUAGCUUUCCCUGUUGGAGUAUUUGUUGUGACGAUGUUUUGGAGCAUCUAUAUCUAUGACAGGGAACUCGUUUACCCAAAGCUGCUUGAUAAUUUUAUACCAGCGUGGCUAAAUCAUGGAAUGCAUACAACAGUUUUGCCCUUUGUAUUAAUCGAGAUGAGAACAACACAUCAUCAGUAUCCCAGCAGGAGCUGUGGACUGGCUGCAGUGUGCACCUUUGCUGUUGGCUAUAUUUUAUGGGUGUGCUGGAUUCACCACGUUACAGGAGUGUGGGUGUACCCGCUUCUUGAGCACCUCAGCCCAGGUGUCAAAAUAAUCUUUUUUGCAGCUGUUACUGUAAUAAUUAACAUAUUCUACUUGGUGGGAGAGGUCCUGAACAACUACAUCUGGGAUACCCAAAAAUGUAUUGAAGAAGGAAAAGAAAAGCCAAAAUUGGACUGAACAAUAGAGGCAACAUGGAGGAUUGUUUAUGGCUCCAUGGAAGAUUUCUCAUCCCCGACAGAGGUUGGCAUGGAGAGGAAUCUUUUGGAAAGGAGGAAGUUUAAUGGGCCCUCCGCUCAGUGCAAGGAUAUAUUUGGGUUUUAUAUGGAGGGAAAAUUAUUUUAGCUAAGAAUAAUAAUAAUGUUUCAACCUCCUUUCCUAUUUCUCCAUGCUUGCAUGUGACAUACACAUAUAAGAUGUAUAUUUAUCUCCAUGGCAUUCUCAACGUGUGUUUUUUGCAUCAAAUAAGUCAUUAAAUCAUUAAGUCAUUAAAUCUUUUCACUUCCACCAAGAAGAACAAUGAAUCCAUUCUCUGUAUUGUUUGAGAAAAGCUUAACCAGAUAGGUCUAAUAUGGGGAAAGAAAACCUAUAUAUUUCAAAGCACAGUGUAAAAAUACAGUAGAAGUUAAUUGCAUGAAUGUAUCCGAAGAAUAAUUCAAUCUGACUGAAAUAUUAAUGUAACACUAUGUAACAGCUGCCUUAAAUUGGUGAUGUUAAUAAUUUUACCAGUCCAGUAAAAUCUUACUUGCGGUGUUAGACUACCUGAAUAUGAUACAACUUUUCUUAAAUAGGCCUAAAUAAAGAUCAAAUUAUCCCC